GCGAGCCUGUCUCCACGCACACAGCGCUCAGAGAGAUGCAGAUAAUCGUGAACCGGAGCUUCCAAGUUCAGACGCUUAUCACGCGUAGCGCUCCUCCUAACCAGCCAGACAAUAUGCGAUGACUUGCGUUCUCUCUGCCCGCUACAGCUGAAAAACAACGAUUAAUAACAAUUCUGAAUAGUCUGGAAUUGUUUUCGCUGCAGUCAUGGCAGGCCUGCUUCCCCCGCUUUUAUUCGGCUCCACACUGUUGUUCCUGCUGUCAUGUGACGCCCUGCUGAGUGAUGGGCCACCCACCCUGCUGUCCACCUCCCAGCCCUCCCAGCCCUCCCAGCCCUCUCCUCUGUCCCUCACCAACCUGGACCAGGAUGUGGAGGAGCAGCCUGAGAUGAUGACAGUUCCAGGCCCCACAGUACCAGGCCUAACGUCCCAGGGACAGGAGAUGUCCUCAGGGUUCUUCAGUGAGGACAACAAGCCUCUCCAGUCCUCUGUUCAUCUCUGGGAUGAUAUCAGAGACCAAGUCAACAUCACUGGUCUGGACUCCCUCAGAGGUUACAGUCAGACCCUCUCCCAGUCCUCCACCUCUGCUAUGGAGGAACCCAGACAGGGGAACCACACCUCUCCCUUCAUGGAUGCGGUGGAGAACGUGGAGCGGUUGGAGCGAGAGUCCAGCGGGGAGAUGGAGAGAGAGUCCAGCGGCCUCCCCCUGGAGCCUGGCUACGACCAGAGCCAGACCCUGCCUGCCACCACCACCACCACCCCUGCUGCUGACCCUCUGGCUCCUGUAGACUCAACCACCUUAGACCCACAAUAUGUCCCAGUGCACGGGGGUUCAGAAUCAACUCCUGAAGACACAUUGGAGGUAGAGGUAGCAGAGGAGGAGGAGGAGGAGGAGGAGAGGGAGAGUCCCAGCCCUGAGGCUGACGCCUCCACCUCCAGACCAACCCUCCCAGAGGUGGGUGUCUUCCCCAGCCUUGGGCCUCUCCAGCCGGACAACACCCAUACAGAAAACCAGGAGGAGGGGGUGGAGGGAGAGGAAGAGGAGGCGGUGGUCCUUGGAGGACCUAAGAGUGACUCAGGAAGAGGGGGGAGAGGAGGAGAGAUCUCUCCCCUGACCACAGUCCCCUUGGCAUCUCUGGCGCCCAAGGUCGACUUCACGGAGGACUCCUGGGACCGUCUGGAGGACGAGGAGGUGUUUGCUGGGAAGGAGAUCCAGGAGGAAGAGAGGCAGGAGCAGGAGAGGAGGCAGGAGGAGGAGGAGCAAGAGGUCAGGCACGGAGGAACAGAGCUGUUAACAGAGGCAGAUCUCCUCCACGGUGCACACUUCUCACAGGAGAUACAGCAGGUGAUCUGUGUGGACUGGAGCGAUCUGGCUGGGAAGGGUUACGUCAUCCUCGACAUGUCAGACAACGUUGACUGUGAUGAGUUCCGUGUGGAGAGUGGAGACCGGCUCUUGGAGCUGCUAGAGACAGCCUUCUCUAGGAAGAUGAACAGUCCUCAGGGCUCCUGGCUCAUCUCUCUCUCUAAACCCACCAGACAGGACCACCAGCUGCUCAUCACGCUGGCCAGCGAACACGGAGUUAUUGCCACCAAGGACAUGCUGUCAAUGUUAGGAGAAAUCAGGAGAGGUCUACACGAGAUCGGUAUCCAGAACUACAGCAGCGCUAGCACCUGUCACUCCAGACCCAGUCAGACGCGUAGUGACUACGGGAAGCUGUUCGUGGUCCUGGUGAUCAUAGGUUCUGUCUGUGUGGUCAUCAUCGCCUCUGGUCUCAUCUAUAUCUGCUGGCAGAGACGCCUGCGUAAGCUGAAGACUAGGACUCGAGGCGAGGAAUUCAAUUUUGUGGAGAACGGCUGCCAUGACAACCCUACCCUGGACAUGACGAGUGAUGGGGGGCAGCCGGAGAUGCAGGAGAAGAAACAUCACCACACCAACGGACUGACGGCUGGGUCUGGGGGGGAGGGAGGGAGCAGUGGCUGGCAGGUCAACAAACCUAGAGGGAAGGAAGAGGACACACACCUUUAGUAGAGAGAAGAGGAGGAGUGGAGGGGAAAAGGUAGCCUGGAUCCAGAUCUGUUUGUGCUGUCUUGCCAACUUCUAUGGUCACUGUCACAUUUGGCGUGGCAAGACAGCACAAACAGAUCUGGGAGUCGGACUAGGCUAGAAAGAUAACUCACGAUGAAGAAGCAAAACAUCAGUGUUGUGAAACUUGUGAAUGCACAGGCAAAAAUAUAAACGCAACAUGUAAAGUGUUGGUCCCAUGUUUCAUGUGCUGAAAUAUAAGAUGCCAGAAAUG